GACCACCUCCCACCUGGAGGAGCUCAUCCCAUCUUGGCCCCCAUUCAGCCCAGGCCAAUCAAGAUGACCGAGGGAGAAGCAGCUGUGGACGGCCGUAAGCAUGGAUCGAUCGAGGUCUCGGCCAAGAAGUGGAAGAAAAGGGACAUGGAAAAGAUGGCCCCGCGCACGGAAGAGCAGCUCAAGUCUAAGCUAGACAAGGCCGGUGGAAUGACUCUCGAGCUCGUUGCGAAAGACGGCGAUGGCAAGACUAUCAAAGCAAUGCCUUUGGAAAUGAAGCAUUUCGGGACGGGAAGUGUAGGCUACACUAUAAGCGAGAGUCUGCACCUGACUCUAAAGACUGGCGAAGACGAGGACGGACAGCCGCUGUCGCUGUUCUGCACAUCAAAUUGCACAGUGAUUGGAUCGAAGCCCAAAGAGAGCGAGGCAGGAGAAGGAUCGCAGUCGGCAAGCAAGAAGAGAUCCAAGAAAGAGGCAAAAGAAGUCGUAAAUGAUGAUGAGAAUGACAACGAUUAGGUCUGUAAUCAAGAGCGCUUGUAGGCUUCUUCACACACAAAACACGUUGUAGAGUAAUGAUGACUGUUGAUCAGGAGUGUACGUGA